AUGGCUCCUGAUCCUGAUUUCUUUUGCAACUCCCCAUUCGGAAGUUGGGGAUGUCUGCAAUCGAAUUUUGACAAUGGAGCCCGGAGACACUUUAAUGAUGCUAUGCCACAGCUAACUCGUCGGCCUUUCCACCACACAUCUUAUGCGCAGAGCUCUAAUGACUAUUCUGAUGGUGAUUCUGAACAAGAGGCCUACGAACAAGAUCCUACCGAAGGGUUCGAGGAGGCUAGCCAGAGAGGAUAUAUGUCUGAUGACUCUGCGAAAGAUCGAUCUGCAGGACGUGUCAAAAGAUCUUGGAAAUCUGCACUGUCCCGGUUCUCAUCGUCAAAUCGCCAGAAGUGA